AUGGGUUUCAGGGUCAUUGUUCUGUUUCUAUUCUCCUUGUUUUGCCAAGCUUUGCUUGUGUCCCUGCAACAAGCAGGAGCAGCAAAGUUCCACAAUGUGAGUGGCAUAAGAGGAAGAAAGCCAAUAGUAAUAAGUGGUUGCAAUUUGUUCAUAGGAAGUUGGGUGAUUGACCCUUCUUAUCCUCUCUAUGACUCUUCAAGCUGCCCCUUCAUUGAUGCUGAGUUUGAUUGCCAAAAGUAUGGAAGACCUGACAACCAGUACCUCAAAUACGCUUGGAAACCUGAUUCAUGCAACUUACCCAGGUUUGAUGGAGUGGAUUUCUUGAACAGGUGGAGCGGUAAGAAGAUAAUGUUUGUGGGUGAUUCACUGAGUCUGAACAUGUGGGAAUCACUGUCCUGCAUGAUUCACGCGUCUGUGCCGAAUACCAAGACCAGCUUUUUGAGGAAAGAAGCAUUGUCGACUGUGACCUUCCAGGACUAUGGAGUAACAAUACAACUAUACCGCACACCAUAUUUGGUUGACAUAAUUCGAGAAAACGUUGGCCGAGUGCUCACAUUGAACUCCAUUGUGGCUGGAAAUGCAUGGAAAGGCAUGGACAUGUUGAUUUUCAAUUCUUGGCACUGGUGGACCCACACCGGAAAAACUCAGGGAUGGGAUUAUAUAAGAGAUGGACCCAAUCUGCUCAAGAACAUGGACCGUUUGGAGGCAUACUAUAAGGGAUUGACUACUUGGGCUAGAUGGGUUGAUCUCAAUGUUGAUCCUACCAAAACUAAAGUCUUCUUUCAAGGCAUUUCUCCUACUCAUUAUCAAGGCAAGGAGUGGAAUCAACCGAAAAGAAGUUGUAGUGGAGAACUUGAACCAUUGUCAGGGUCAACAUAUCCAGCAGGUCUACCUCCAGCAACUACCAUAGUGAACACAGUGUUAAAGAAGAUGAAUAAUCCAGUUUAUUUACUUGACAUUACACUCCUUUCACAACUAAGAAAAGAUGCACACCCUUCUGCCUAUAGCGGGGAUCACGCAGGCAAUGACUGCAGCCACUGGUGCUUGCCAGGAUUACCUGAUACUUGGAACCAACUCUUAUAUGCAGCUCUCACCAAGUGAAGGUGAAAGUCCAUACAACUUGAUCAUUUUCUUCAUCCCUUGGUUAUAUAUAUUCAGUUAGUGUCUUUAGAAUAUCUUCCUUAUUUGGAUGAUAAUACUAAGAAGGGGUGAAAAUCAAUUGUAAAAUUUUAGGAUUCUAUAAGAAGAAUAAUUUACAGAGUUCCAAAACAAAAUAAGCUCCUCAGAGAGAUCAAAAUUUUUGCAUAUCAAGAAAACUAUUUUGUAAGGGUAUAAAUUAAUUUUAUUUUAUCACA